AUGGCCAACCUGGGAUCCAAAGCUGCGGAUGUCAACAGAUCGAAGCCCUCUCCUCUCCUGGCUCUGCCAGCGGAACUAAGACUCGCAAUUUACAAGCUCGUCUUCGAUGGGAUUGAAGGAGAGUCGAUUCCGCUUCUCAGUCCUGGUAAGCAGUCGAACGAAACAGGCAGACCUCGCACACAGAGUCCCGUUCGUCUAGCCCUCCUACUAACCUGCAUAAAGAUCCAUGGUGAGGCUUCCGGACACGUCUACGGCGUUGUCCACGCGAGCUUCGACCUCCAACCCGAGCACGGUAAGUGGUUGGAUAACAUCUUGCGCCCGGAAGAGAAAAUUUUAGAUGUAAGUCGUGAUUGGGGCGUUUCAUUACACCUCAAGGAUCUCCUCCGACACACCACCCAUCUCGACUGCAACGACCACAGAGCUUUCGAAGCGCUGUCCGCACUUUCCCUUCGGAACCUUUCCCUCGCGCUGACUGCCCACAUGAACCAUACCUGCCGACACGGCCAGCCCAGCGCCAAAAUUCUUCUUCACGAGAACAUUCCGAGGACCGGCUACGGCUGUCUCGCACCUCUACACAACGAGAUCGUGCAGCUACGAUCCAUGCUCCCGAACCUCACCACCAUCACGGUCAAGUGGUCCAGUAGCGGAUAUCUGCCCCGUAGUGAAGCUAAGAGAGCCGAGCGUUGGCGCUGGGUUCUACUACUUAUUUCGAAGCUUUCGAGUAUCGUUGAUGCGGAGACUUUGACUUGUCUGAGGGAUGUUAGGGUCGUGACGGAGACGGAGGAGUUUCGGUUCAGACAUGAUGGAGAGGGUGGGGUUGGGAAGGGGUGGUCUAGUAUCACCAGGAUGAGCCAGCUCACAUCGCUCAUGCCACUUUCCGAGUCUUCAUCAUCACGACGACAGGCGUGCACAUCCCGACCAUCAUUCCUGGCUCUGCCACCGGAAGUGCGAAAUCUUCUUUACGAGACCAUCUUCGAAGGCGUCGAGGACCACAUCUCCGUCGGCAUCUUUGGCAAACCAGGCUCCUUCCUCGAGAGGAAUACUUCCAUGACCAAGAAACAACCUCGAGGCCGCAUCGCCCUCCUGCAAGCCUGCAAGCAGAUCCACUGGGAAGCUGAUGGCUACCUCUACGGCGUUGUACACGCCGACUUCGAUGCUUUCCGCUAUCAUCCGUACUGGCUCAGGCGCGCCGUGCGUAUCGAGAAACUGCAGAAUACGAUUCAAUUAAAUCUGCAGCAAUACGCCAACGUGCUGCAGCAUGUGACCCACCUGGACUCGAACAGCAGUAUAACAAGUUUCUGGCCGCUUCGCGGGCACGGUUCCAAGACGCGUGCUUGUUUUCGAAGCGCAUGCUUCUCUCUUAGCCAAGCGAUGCCGAGACUGAGGAUCAUCACUCUGAGUCUUCCGAAAGUCCGUGUUGCUGGGAAUGUGGGAUGUAAUCUUUGUUUCAGGAUCACAAGGUCGAGGAGGAAGUUGCACGGAUGUGGCCGACGCUGA